AUGCGCGCCGCCGCUCCCUCGCUCCGAUCAGCGAUCGACACGCCCCCUAGAGAGCGCGACCGACUCCCCUCGCGCGCUCGCGCGCGCGCCCCCGCGUUCCUCGCUCCCCCGCGCGCCCCCCGCGCGCGCUCCCGCGCUCGCCCCCCCCCCCUUCGCGCGCGCGCGCUCGUCGCCACCCCGCGGCACGCGCGCCCCGCGUCGCCUCGCGUCGCUCGCGCGACCCUCGCUCGCGAUCCAUGUUCGCGCCCACACGCUCGCUUGAUGCGCGAGCGCGCGCCCUCCCUCUCCCGCUCUCGCCCCAGCGCCGCGCACUGGACGCGCGCUCUUGCUCAUCCCCAGCGCUCGCGCGCGCUCACGCGCGCGCGCGCGCCCCCCGCGCUAUCACGCCGCGCGCGCCCAGUCCGCGCUCCGCGACUCGCCACCCGCGCCGCUCUCCGCCCCGCGCGCUCGCUCUCGCGCCUCCGCUCUGCUCUCCGCGCGCCCAUCUCGCGACCCCUCGUCUCGCCUCUAGCGCUCUGCCGCGUCGCCCGCGCGCGCUCGCGCGCGCCCGCUCCUGAAGCUGACGCACCGCGCGCGCGUUCUCCCCGUGCCUCUUCGCCCCUCUCGCCUGCUCGCGGCGCUCGCGCUCGCGUCCUCUCCCUCUCUUCCUCGUCGCCACCCCUACCCCAGCGCUCGCGCUACUCUACUUCUUUCGCCUCUGCCCCCCCUCGCUCAGCCGCGCGACCUCGCCUCGUCGCGCCCAGCGCUCUCGAGAGCUCGCGCGCGCCUCGCUUGGAUCGCGCGCGCGCACCCUUCUCCUGCGCGCCCGCCUCGCUCGACGCAGAGCGAGCGAGAUGA